CGUCGUAGUGUCUAGACGUUUUCCGCGCGCCUCAGUUUUCCGCAGCGAGGCCGGGACUCGCGUUUACAAACCCAUACUUAUUGGUCUAUAGUCACGGUCCCCGGUUGUCGUAUGAACUGAUGACAAUGGACAUAUUACCGAUCGACCGAAAUGACCUGAUUGAGUGAUGACGUACCGGGCACCGCAGUAUGAAUUGGACGUGAGAGUAGUGUCGUUCCAGCGCCGAUGACAACAUCAAUUGAAGCGAGAGUGGACGACGAGCAUGGCGAACGCGACCGACGCGUACUGCGUGCCCGGCGCCACCGAUUUCAACAAGGCGUACAGUCGACUUCACGGCUACAUCGCUCUGGUCAUCUGCAUUGUCGGCUCCGCUACGAAUUCCAUCAAUAUUGCUGUACUCAGCCGAAGAGAGAUGACGAGCCCCACAAACUCCAUCCUCACAGGACUCGCCGUCGCCGAUCUUCUAGUUAUGCUCGAAUAUAUACCCUACGCCCUUCACAUGAACAUCAAAAUUGGACCUCAAGUUAACAAGAAUACGUACGCGUGGACUGUUUUCGUUUAUUUCCAUUCCAUAUUCAGUCAAACCUUCCAUACUAUAUCAAUUUGGUUGGCCGUUACUCUAGCAGUGUGGCGAUAUAUUGCUAUAGCCUUUCCACAAAAGAACCGAACUUGGUGUAGUAAAAGAAAUACAACUAUAGCCAUAGUGAGUGCUUAUAUUAUGUGUCCGUUUUUGUGUCUUCCUAUUUAUUUCGCAAUGAAUAUAGUUCCCAGUGAAGUUACACCCCAGAACAAUUCAGAAUUCGCCGAAGAUCUCUCGCUGCCUCAUAAUCGGACCGUGUAUGUGUUAGAAAUGUCUAAAAAUGUAGAAUUGGUCACAGCAAUAAUGUGGAUCUACAGUGUAAUACUUAAACUUGUUCCGAGCAUAGCUCUGUCAAUAUUAAGCACAUGUUUAAUAUCAAAGUUAACGACGACAGAGAGAAAAAGGCAAAAACUUCUCAAGCGGUCAACAGUUGGACCGAAUGAGCCGGAGAAGCAGUGCCUAGCAGAUGAGUCCUGUGCCCGACGUACUAGUAGAACAGAUCGUACUACGAGAAUGUUGCUGGCAGUUCUUGGUCUAUUCCUGUCCACGGAGGUUCCCCAAGGACUGCUGGGCCUUGCCAGUGCUCUCGCACCGGACUUUUUCAAAAGCUGUUACAGCAUGUUCGGUGACUUAAUGGACGUUUUGGCAUUAUUCACGUCCUCUGUAAACUUCGUGCUGUACUGCAGCAUGAGCAGGCAGUUUCGCUGUACCUUCGCCAGACUGGCGCGGCGCAUGCUGUCUGCCACCGAGGAACCAGCAAAGUUUGCCACAAAACUCGAGCCUACAACGCAGGUAUCAGAAGGCGAGAUUCCAUUGUGUCACCGGCCCGCUAUAGCGACAAAUACCCACCCUAAUCAGGGUGGUUGAAGAAAGUAUAAUAUAAGUUUGAAUAAGAUGACUACGCUCUCUAAUUUAAGACAUCAAUAUUAAAGAAUAAUAUCUGCGAAGAUUAAUAUAGAAUAUAGUCCUGUAAAGUUUAAUGUAAUCAUAAGCAUGUAAUGUUUUUAAUUUAUUAUGGACUAGUUUUUGCGUCUCUUGAGCCACGACGCAAGACCUAGACUAGAAUAGUAUGCAAGGCAUUUUUAAAUUAAGGUAUAGGCAGUAAUUAUGUAUAUAAAUAAUUUUAAUUUCAUUAUACGUAGGUAUUUUUUUACUUAUUUUAGGGUCCAAACAGUGAUUUAUUAUUAAUUCGAUUAAUUAAAGGAAUCUAUAUGUCUUAUUUGAUGUACAUACUGCAUUUGUUACAUUAUAAAUUUUGUAAAUAAUACUAUCCCAGGAAUUUUUUAAUAGGUAUAGUCAUUAUAUUUUUUAUAUUUUUACCGACUUUCAAUCUCGUGUAAUGUGUUAACGUGUAUCUAGUAUCUAAUAUUUUGGUCACCAAAUACAUAAUAUUCUGUAAAAUGAUAUGUGUUCGUUGUUCUCACGUCACGUAUUUCAUCACUCUGAA